GUAAAAUAAUAAUUUUAUUAAAUUUAACAAGUUUUUGUUUGCAUAAUAUUUUUUAAACCACUUCCCUUAAGUAACUGACAUGUAACUUUCUAUAAGUAUUUAAAUAUUAAGUUAAGUUGAGUGUAACCUUAGGUACUUAUAGCAUUAUCAGAAUCCUAAACUAGCUUUUUUAUUCAAUAUAUUCUUAUAAUUAAAUAAUACGGCGUCCUCUUAAUUACGAUCUUGUGUAACAUAAAAAUACGAUAAUGUAGCAAGUUAAAAUGCUUUUUUUACAUAUAUGAUGAGUAUUUAUAUUCAUUUUAUAAGAAUAAAAAAAUGGGUUUUAACGAUAUUUUUGAUAGCGCAUUGGCUUCAAAUAUUUUAUUUAUAGGAUCAGCUAGGUAGCAAAAAUGAUUUCACCAAAACUAUUAGAUGACGUUAUAAUAUGUGUUACCGACUUUCUUUAUUACGAUAUAUUAGUCAUUUAAGUGAUUCAGGUUGUUAGUGGUUUUUUUUAAACAUAUGUUAUUAUUAAUUAUUAUACUAUUGUAAUUUAUGAGUAUUGAACAAUCGUUGCUAAUAAUUAUAACCUAGUUAUAAAUUAUUUUAACAGACUUCGCGUUACAUGCGCGUUAUAUUGUUUGCAUUAUAUUUGAUAAACGCGUAUCGCACUAAUGUUUUUUUUAUUAUUAAUAUUAGUAUUAUUAUUAUCACACCAAUUAUUUGAUCAACUUUGACCGAUGACAUUUAUAAAUUAGAACAAAUUAAUGUUUCAUUUAAUUUAACAUUUUAGAUGCCCAACCUACUGAAAGUGAAAUGGAACUAUUUGACGAGGUCCAAAUCGUGCUUACCGAGGCCUCUGACGUGCUUUCCGACCCCAAACAUUACUUGGGCGCUGACCAAUACAUACGAGCAGCGAUUAAUAACCCAAGUGCCGAACAAAAUGCAUUGACAUGGGAAGCGUUAAUGCCUCGAAUUCGCACUUUGAGACGAUUCUAUUUUUUCUCACAAAAAAUAGCGAUAUCGUAUGUUUGUUGGGCUAUCUAUCUACCAGAAUGCGGUAUACCGUCGUUUUGUGUACUACAUAACUAUAAUAAUUGAUACUAGUAGGUAUUGCUUCCUAUCUAACAAUAUUUUGUGUUUUAAUAAAACUGGGAUAUCCACAUUAAUAUGAUUAUCGUAUUAUCUGAAACCACUACAUACAUUAUAUCU